ACAAACAUUUCAUAUUACCCGGCGCCAAGCAGCGCAAGGAUGUGGCGAAAUGCGCUGCUUCUUGGCUUGGCGCUGUGGAUUUCUAGGGGCUCCGCUGUAAACUAUGUGUUCGACGAGUUUCUCUUCAGCAAGGACACCUGGCACUUAUGGAAGGUGGAGAACCCGCUCGCGGACUUCAACCCUUCUGACCUGGUGCCGAGGGCCAAGGAGACAUUCCCUGGCUAUGAACACUCAGAGUUCAAUAGCUUAGAUGGACCCAUGAGCCGUCUUCCGCCCUCGUCGCGACCGACGAGUGCGGGGCUGGCUUCUGACGUAGAGGCCAUCGACGACGACAACAUGCUAGAGCACGCCGCGAAGGCAGCCCAGUGCACGACCUGCCACGUGCUUGUGUCGGUGGUGUGGGGCCGGCUGACGUCCGACAUCCUCAGUGGCGAGGCGGUGACGCCCAAGCAUGUGCGCGAGCACCUGGACGACGCCUGCGACAAGGACGCUCUGGACACAAUGCUCAAAAAGUACACAAUCAUCAAAAUGGAGUCGGACGGCGGCCCCAGCGCGGCUGCCGGCGGCGGCGGCAGCGCGCUCAUGUUCUUUGUGGUGCGGGAGCGGCGCGGCGGCGCCAAGGCGGCGGGCGCCACGGACGCGGAGGAGGCGGCGGUGGUCAUGUCUUGCAAGACGCUGGUGCGGGAGGCGGGCAAGGACCUUGUGGCCACACUCAUCGAGCAGCUCGCCAACUACCGCCGGGAGGCGCUGCGGCUGCUUGUGAAGCACGGCCGCGACGGCGGCAAUGAGCAGGAGGAGCUGCCGGCGGGCAGUAGCAGCAGCGGCAGUAGCAGCAGCGGCAGCGGCAGUAGUGGCCAGCUGCCAAAGCUGGACGGCAGCCGCGGCGGCAGUAGCAGCGGCGGCGUGGAGGAGGAUGACGAGUACGUGGAUCCAGAUGACUUGGAUGAAGAGGGCGGCGUGCUGAGCGCUGACGCCAAAAAGGCCAAGGCAGUAGCAGGCGGCAAUGGCAGCAAGGGCGGCGGCAGUAGCAGCGGCGCUAAGCCGACGGGCGGCAGUAGCAGCGGCGGCGGCGGCAAGCCGGCUCAGCCCAGGACGGUCAAGGGUCUGUUGAUCAAGGCCAACCCCGGCGAGCCCGAGUGCGGCGACCUCCACGCCAAGUGCCCGGAGUGGGCGGCCAGCGGCGAGUGCGAGGUCAACCCCAACUACAUGAUCGGCACGGCAGGACACAAGGGCCACUGCCGCAAGUCCUGCGGCAUGUGCCAGCCCACGGACCUGCUGUCCGCCGCGCCCGCCCUGGCCGCCGACCUGGAGGCGCUGUCGGCGGCGCUGCUGCUGGCCGCCAAGAACCUGGGCUGCGGAGCCAGCGGGGCCUGCCUCACAGGCGUGAGCGGCAUGGCCUUUGGCGCGGGCCUCAUCAAGCAACCGCAGCAGUCCGGCAGCGGCAGCGGCGGAGGCGUGCAGCCGGCUCCGGGUGUUGGCAUCCAGGGAGUGGUGGGCAUCGGCGUGGGCGCCAACGGCAAGAAGGAGCUGCCGCCGGGGAUGAAGGAGUUCCCGGGCGGCUUCAUCCUGGGCAAGCCCUGGUGGGGCAUCCCCGACGUGCGGGCAGUACCCACCGCGCAGCGCAAGCCGGUGCCAGGGCUGGAUGGAGCCGCCUCCGCCUCUGGAUCUGGAUCCGCCGCCUCCGCAUCCGGAUCUGGAUUCGGCGGCGCGGCGGAUGCCGCCGGGGGCGGGGAGGGCGGCGGCACCUCGCAGCCACCCACACACGCAGAGGUUGACCGUGUGCUGGCCCCGGCUCUGGCGCACCGGCUGCUGUCCAUCCCCUCCGACUUCUUCAUCUACGAGUACCUCUACAAGAACCACACCCGCCACUACCACCCGGACGCAGACGGCCGACUCACGGAGGACUGGCUGCUGGGCAAGUUCAGUCGCGAGAGCCUGAGCCUCAUCAGCAGCGCCACAGGAGAGGUGGCGGGGCUGGAGGAGCUGGACCUGCUGCCGGGCGGCGCCCACGGCGAUCGGCUCAAGGCGCACACCUGGCCCUACGUCAAGCAGGUGUACGCGGGAGGUGACGAGUGUGUUCUGGGCGGCGGGCGGCGGGUGGUCCGGCGAGUGGAGGCGCGCAUCGCCUGCUCGCCCGACAGCGCCUUGUACAUGCUGAUCCGUGAGCCCGACUUCUGCACCUACACCUUCGUCAUCUACGUGCCGCAGCUGUGCGAGCUGCCCUACUACCGCCCCCGGCCCAAGCCCGGGGCCGGCGGUGCAGGCGCUGGCGCGGGUGUGGGUGCAGGCGGGGGUGCGGGCGUGGGUGGAAGCGGUAGCAGUGGGAGCGGUAGUGGCAGUGGUAGCAACAGCGGCGGGGGUAGCGCCAAGCGGAGACGUGGUCGCACAUAGGGUCGGCGUUUCGGUUUAGGUAUAGGUGUCCGGUUUGGUGACGACCAAGGUGACGACCUGUUAGUUGUUAGUACAGGUAUCAGGGUUGCGGUGUGGCGCCACGUUCCGAGAGAGAUGUGUCCCAGCUUUCUUAGCAGACCCGUGCAGACCCAGUUAUUCGGGCAGGGGUGAGACAAUGGUGACAAGCCAGACCCGACAGGUCUUUCAGUCACACGUGCACGCGUGCUUGAACCGGUUUGAGGCGAGGCACAUUGGUCCAGAAGUACGCAACCUGCGCGCCGUCGCUGCUGGCUCCUGUUGUGACGGCUCCUCCCAUGCUCUCCUCCGUGUUGCCUUGCCUGCCUACUCCUGCUUCAGCGCCUCUGCCAUUCCUCAUGCGCGGGCAAUGCGUGCUGCUUCUCUUGACUUGGCCAGUGCUGCUGGGGUGCUGGUUGGCCAACUACCAAAUGUACCAAACACCCCUUGCGAGUCCCUCGCCCGGCGGGUUCCUUUGCGUACAACUGGUAGGUAGAAAUAUGAAAUACGAUACGAUAUAAGCAGUAGGCGCGUCAGGCAGACAAAGCACCAGAGAGUACGACAGACGGGUACGACAGAUGGUUACGACAGACGCGCACCAUGGCGGAGAGGCAAGGGCAGUGUGUGUGGAAGGAUACGCGCAGCCAGAGACGAGGUCACGAUGAGCGAGGGGGGUUGUAAAUACCAGCCCAAACUAAAGGGGGGGGGGGGUGCGUGCGGGUACGAGGACUAGCCGCCGCGGUCACUAGGGCGUGCCGGAGAACGUGGCAGGAAAACAGAAAAUGAGGUUCAGGCACCGGGGGAGACUUCCAUUGUUGUGGAUCCGCGCAAGGCUCCGCGCCGGAUGUGCAGAAGCGCUGCCUUCCAGCCUACUGCACCAACUGACACCACCUUUGCCCGACAUUCACAGUGUAAGCAGCAGUGUAAGUAGGCACACAGGUUCAGGCGCCGUGGGCGGACCUAUUGAUUGCGGAUGCAUGCCGUGGAGAGGAAGCCCUCGCACGCCACAUGUAUGGGGCUGGGUUGGUGCCGGCGGUACCGUGUCUGUCUAUGGCGUAGCUAAGAAGUUAAUGCCACCCUAUCCAGUAUUGCUGGGUUGGCUUGGCGGCUCG